UUCCUGUAUUGAACCACCACCAGUCAGAGCCUAAGCCCCUUUUGCUCCACAGCCCCGCACCAAAACCAGGGAGGAAAUUUCGUAGCUUGGACGCCAUUGUCCUGUCCUCCGGUGGGAAGCCAGCCGAGUCGGUCUCCUGGUGUUGCUGCCGGUAAAACCGCGGCGGCCCGCCUGUCUGCUGAAAGCCGAGAAAGCUGCACAUUAGGACGGAGACGCGGGGCACGAUUUUUCCAGGAGCUGGGCGCUAGAUAGUAGCAGCUAGCUGGCUAGUAGCAGCAGGUAGAUAAGCUAGAAGAAGCAGGAAAAAAAGAAAUGUGUUGACUCCAAAUGCUAUUAAUGCACCUGAAAACCACCCGACUUGUAAAGAGCACCUCGGCAUGAUCCUUUUUUUACCUAAAUAUCUGAGUGACAUGCUACCGAAAGUGUACUAACUUUGCUAACGUUAGCUAGCUACCCUGAGUUGAUCCUGUUGCUCUUUCAGACUCAGUGUCAAACAAGGAAAAGGUGAGAUUUAGCAGCUGCUGAGAUCACUGCAGCUUAGUUUCUUAUUCAAGAAAAGUCGUUUAUAGGGUCGUUAUUGAAAUGGCUCCCAAAAGAAGACCCGUGCCCCUGAACAUAACGCCCAUCGGAGAAGGACAGGCCACCUCAAACACCAUCGAUGCUGCAUCUGAAGCUAACCUCGAGGCCUUACAAAAGAAACUGGGUGAGCUUGACCUGGACGAACAACAGAGGAAACGACUGGAAGCUUUCCUCACCCAGAAAGCCCAGGUCGGGGAACUGAAGGAUGAGGAUUUUGAACCCAUUUGUGAGUUGGGUGCCGGAAACGGAGGAGUGGUAAACAAGGUCCGCCACAAACCAUCGAAUUUGGUCAUGGCUCGAAAGUUGAUCCACCUUGAAAUCAAGCCUGCCAUCAGGAACCAGAUUAUUAGAGAGCUGCAGGUGCUGCAUGAAUGCAACUCCCCCUACAUUGUGGGCUUCUAUGGGGCCUUUUACAGCGACGGGGAGAUCAGCAUCUGUAUGGAGCACAUGGAUGGUGGAUCCUUGGACCAGGUCCUGAAGGAAGCCAGAAGAAUCCCAGAGGAAAUUCUGGGAAAAGUUAGCAUAGCUGUUUUGAGAGGAUUAGCUUACCUGCGAGAGAAGCACCAGAUCAUGCACAGAGAUGUCAAGCCCUCCAACAUCCUGGUCAACUCUCGCGGGGAGAUCAAGCUGUGCGACUUUGGUGUGAGCGGCCAGCUCAUAGAUUCCAUGGCCAACUCCUUUGUUGGAACGCGCUCCUACAUGUCGCCGGAGAGACUGCAGGGCACUCACUACUCUGUUCAGUCUGACGUGUGGAGCAUGGGUCUGUCCCUGGUAGAGCUGGCGAUUGGCCGCUACCCCAUCCCCCCACCAGACGCCAAAGAGCUGGAGGCCAUCUUCGGACGGGCCGUUCUGGACGGGGCUGAGGGAGAGCCUCACACCAACAUGCAGAGGCCCAGACCACCAGGAAGGCCUGUGAGCGGACACGGGAUGGACAGUAGACCUGCCAUGGCCAUCUUUGAACUUUUGGACUAUAUUGUGAAUGAGCCACCCCCCAAGCUGCCACAUGGUGUCUUCACUAAUGACUUCCAGGACUUUGUGACAAAAUGUCUGAUCAAAAACCCAGCUGAGAGGGCAGAUCUGAAGAUGCUGAUGAGUCACACGUUCAUCAAGCGAUCAGAAGUGGAGGAAGUGGACUUUGCCGGUUAUUUGUGCAAAACCAUGAGCCUCAACCAGCCCAGUACUCCCACCCGUGGCACCGAGUGAACAGCCCCACACCCCACCCCACCCCAACUUCCUUAUCACACCUCUGGGUCUUGCUUGCAUACACAUACAUACAUACAUAAUACUGUACAUACACAAGCCAUCACACAUAUUGGCUCUUUUCAUAUAUUCCUCUUGGGUAAAACGGUUUUGCCCCCCCCUCCCAUUUAUUUCCUUACCAGCAGCAGGGCCCGUUGAGUCAUUGUACUGUAAGACCACAGCUUCACCAUGCCAGUGUCAAGAGUAGCCCCAGCUCACUUUUCCACACUGCUACAGAGGAUGUAAAGCACCGAAGGGCUGCCAGUGUGUCAGCAGAAUUUGCAUUGAUUGACAAACUUCUUUUGUAUUGUUGAAUAUUCUGUAUUAAUCUUUUCUAUGGCAACAGUUGAUGGCUUGUGGAACUGUAUUUUAAUAAAUUACCUGCUGUAGAGGUUUGUUGGGCUGAGAGAAAUCUAAACAUAUUAUCUACUUGCAGAAUCUAAAUUGGUUUUAUUGAAGGCAAAAGCAGCAACUUUCAUUUAGAAACCCCUUUGUCACACUUAUUCAUGCUAAAACUUUCACAACAGAGAUCUUGCAGUUAGCUGCAAUAUUGUGAUCAAAUUUGUGAGUAGAGAGCGCAGGACAAACAGGCGCACAAGGAGCCCUUUAGUACUUUUUGGUAAAUGAGUGGUCACUCUAAAGACUGUUUUUAUUUUAGUUUUUUUUAUUACUUUAUUUGACAGGGACGGUGCAUAUUUAUAACAUCACUGAAAAUAUGCCACAGACAGAAAAUCCCUGGAUCACUUUGUGAACAAUGUCACAAACCAAAGAGGGUACUCAUGAUUACUAAAGUUUUUCAAUGCCUGAUCAGUUGUUUUUUUUCUGUAUGCACAUUCAUGAACAGUAUAUCAAUGUACUUUGAAUGUUUUGAUUUUUCAUUCAGUGAGCUACACUCUGAUUGUGUUGACAUUGUUUCCUCGUACAUUUCAAUUCACAUCCUGCACUAUGUGUCACGAGAGGAGGCACAUGUUGCAGAGGCCUGAUGUAUGCCAGAAUGUCUUUAUUGACAUUGAGAAAACAAUGAUCAAAAUGUAUUCAUGGGAUGAUAUAGCAUGGUUUAUCUUUCUUAUACUGUAUGUGUAUUUUGUUUCCCGAGAUCAUGGUGGGGAUGAUGAGUUGUUGUUUUUAUGAAAAGCCUCUGCAAUAUCAAUAUGAAAAUUCAAUCAUGUUGACUAAUUAACCUUGUUUUUUUCUUUGUUGUUGGUCUGUAUUUCCCCCUGAAGUGUAUUUGGUUAUGUUUUCACUGUAUUGCUAUGUUUGGCGCUCCAAGCUUUCUCUUGGGGCACAACCAGCCUAGAGGCGUGCUUUUGGAAAAGACUUGGGUUGAAAUACAAUUGAAAACCUUUUCCCUUCCAUUGAACCAAAUUGUUUGUGUUAAAAAAAAACAAAAAACAACCUCAAGUGGAUCUUCAGACAACCUGAAGCAAGUUUUCGAGUAGUACAAAGGGUUUGACUGACACAGGUCAGUGUUGGUUACAUGGUGGUGGUGUUACUUGCUAGCCUGCCGUCUUGCUAGAGCUCUUAUAUUGUCUCUGUUUAUGGCUGCCCUUUCUUACCCCCCCCCCCCCCCCCCCCCAAAAAAAAAAAAUGUGCAUUUGUUCAAAGCAAAAUGGAUGCAUUGUCACUUGUAUGUGUACAAAGCUAUAUACAAAAAAUACAGGAUUACUAUUUUGCAGUCUUAAUAUACAAAUUUUUGAUUUAUGUAAACGACAAGGGAGAAGAGUCAUUUAUUAUAAUAUAAAAUGUGUUGGAUAUGGUUAUAAUGUAUAAA